GGUGCCGAACGAAGUCAGCUAGCUUAGCUGAGCGAGCCGUCCGCCGUUUCCUUGCAGCAGAGGAGAGGAGGUGGUGUCGAGAGACUGGGGAGACAUUCAGCAACAUCAUAACCUCAACCAGCGCUGCUGUACGAUGAAAUUAACUUCAUUUAUGCCUGCCCACGAACUCCACUACUUUACCUUACUACUGGUAACCGGACUGUACACUCCAGUGCGGGCAGAGAUUACCAGUCUGGAUGCGGGGAACAUCGAUGACAUACUUAAUAAUGCUGGAGUGGCUUUAGUCAACUUCUAUGCAGACUGGUGUCGGUUCAGUCAGAUGCUGCACCCGAUCUUUGAAGAAGCCUCUAAUGUGGUGAGGGAGGAGUAUCCAGACACAUCGCAGGUGGUGUUUGCUCGGGUGGACUGUGACCAACAUACUGAUAUAGCACAGCGCUACAGGAUCAGUAAGUACCCCACCUUAAAGCUCUUCAGGAAUGGCAUGAUGAUGAAGAGGGAGUACAGAGGUCAGAGGUCAGUGACGGCCAUCGCAGACUUCAUACGGCAGCAGAAAGUGGAUCCCAUCUCAGAGAUUCAGAGCCUGGAAGAGGUCACCAAAAUAGAUAGAUCUAGACGAACCAUUAUAGGCUACUUUGAGCAGAAGAACUCAGACAAUUACCAUGCAUACGAAAAAGUGGCCAACAUCCUGCGAGAUGACUGCGCCUUCAUGGCAGCGUUUGGCGAGGUGUCCAAGCCGGAGCGCUUCAGUGGAGAUAACGUUAUCUAUAAACCAUUAGGAGAGAACGCUCCUGACAUGGUCUACCUAGGUUCACUCACAAACUUUGACCUGGUCUAUGCCUGGGCACAGGACAAGUGCGUGCCCCUGGUGCGAGAGAUCACUUUCGAAAAUGGAGAGGAGCUGACAGAAGAGGGCAUUCCAUUCCUAAUUCUCUUCCAUCAGAAGGAGGACACGGACAGUCUGGAGAAGUUCCAACACGAGGUGGCUCGCCAGCUGAUCAGCGAGAAGGGCUCUAUAAAUUUCUUACACGCUGAUUGUGAAAAGUUUCGGCAUCCUCUGCUGCACAUCCAGAAGACUCCAGCUGACUGCCCUGUCAUAGCUAUCGAUAGUUUCCGUCACAUGUAUGUCUUCCCAGAAUUCAGCGACCUUGCGGUUCCUGGAAAACUGCGGCAGUUUGUGCUGGAUCUUCACUCUGGAAAGUUGCAUAGAGAGUUCCACCACGGGCCUGACCCCACAGACAGCACCCCAGGACAGCCGGAGGGUCCUAAUGAAGUGGCCAGCAGUCCCCCAGAGAGCUCCUUCCAGAAACUGGCCCCCAGCGAGACGCGCUACACCAUCCUCAGCAGGGACCGGGACGAACUGUGACCUCCACCCACGACAAAGCUACCGUAUCAUCACCCAGCCCAGAACCCAGGCGGCCAGCUGCUGCUGCAUCACCUCUAUUUUCUUAACUUUUAUUUUGGAUAAAAAGAGAAGUUUUUUUCUUUUUGGUGAGAUGGAGAGAGAAAGAGAGUGAGAGGAAGAUUGAUUUUACUUUUAUUUUUGGAGCUUGUAAAUAUGUAUGUGCUCAGUGGGUCAGUCUCGUCUAAAUUAAAUAUGGAUUUUCUUUUUUUCUUUUUUUUUCUUCUUUUUUUUUGUCGACCCCUAGGUUUUUGUCUAUCUACUUUUUUUGUAGGAAGAGAAAUAGACAGAUAAACAUUGAUGGUCCUCCCUGUUGGGGUCCACGUGCUCAAACCAGUUUGGAUCUCACGUGCAGGCCUGUGGAAUCAUGGAAAAUUAGCUUCCAGAUGAAUCUGCGGUCAACCUGUGGUCCCUAACUUCAGUCCUUCAGUCCUCAGUAGUGUGUGAGUGUGCAAUUGAAAGAAUGAGUAUGUGUGUGUGUGUGUGUGUGUGUGUGUGUGUGCAAGCAUGUGUGUGUGUGUGUGUGUGUAUGUGUAUGUCUGUCAGAAGAGUGUAUGAGAGAGAGGGAGCCUUGAUACACGUGUUUAUUAGUCUGUGUUCUUAUGUACUGUGGGGUUCCAGACUCGUCGCUCGUUACGAUCCAGACUCGGUAGUCUCAUAUCAGCCCAUUCCACAAGGAUGAGUGGUUAGGGGGCGGGGUUUUUGCCAGGGGUGGGGUUUAGAGGGACGGGUUAUUUGUAAAUCAGUCAUCUCAGAAAGGGGAAUGGAAACCAAAAAAAGAUAAAUUAAAGAAGAAAACAUUUUACAAGACUUUCCUGUGUCUUCAUGUGUUUUAUAUUAAGGUCAGCCUCUCACUUGCCUUUUAGUAAUGCAUGUUUAAUUCCUAACACAUUGUUUACAGAUACACUUCCAUUCAAAAGUCUGCAAUUGCUUCAUGUUGGUUAUUUUAUUUUAUUGUAGUCGCUGGCAAGGGAAAACUCUGUAUUGCCAAAUAGUUGCAUUUUUACAGAAGAGGAGACAACUAAUUGGUUAAUUUGUAAUUUGGUCCAUUCAUUAUAAAAUUUUAACAACAACAAUUUUAUCAUGAUUCACACUGUCAAAAAGUGAAAAUCUGCAAAAAUGGCAAUACAAUGUUUUUGCUUGACCAUGACGAUGUAAAGUGCACAAUAUAUGCUAAAUAUUGUAAUAUAGACACAAAAAGGUAAUUUUCUAAUAAUUUAUUCAAUGACUGGCUUACGAUUUGAUCUCCACUGCAUUCUGAAAAUAUUGUACCUUAAUAAUAUAGUAAUUUUACUGUAUGUACAGUGGAGCUUUCUCCAGUUUUUUAACAGUUAUUUUAUUAAUCAAAAUCUCUGUUCAUAAUUCUGGACUUUAUUUAAUUUUUAUAGACUCGUAUUAAUGAGUUGAUUUUGAAUAUAUCAGGACAUUACACAGUGUCAUGAAAUACUGAAAUUUGCAUUAAUAAAGUUAUGAUCCUA